UUUGCCCUUUAUCACUUACCAUGGAAGAAUGGUUGCAAAGUAAUAUUUCUUUGUUAUUAUCUAUUCAAAAUUGUUUUUGCUAGGAUAAGUUAGAGUUAGAGUCUAUCAACUAGAAAUGAUAGACAUUCUAUUAGAAUAAGAAACUAGAUAAAAUUAAGUCUAAAAUUUUUUUAUCAUGAUAGAUUUGUAAAUGUGAAAAAUUCUUAAUAAAAAAAUCAGAGUUUAAAUUUACUUUAAAACUCUGUUUAUUUUUUCCUUUUCUUUAAUGUACACUUUAAACUUGUAAUAUAAAAUUAUAAACAGGAUACUAAAGGAAAUACAAAAUGGAACAGAGAAGAUUUUCAAUUUAUAUUUUAGUUUUAAAGUUAAAACCUACUUAUCCCUUGUGUCCCUCAGCCUCAAUAUAUAUUUUCAGUUGAAUUUUUAGUUUUAGUUUUAAUGUUUUUGAUAGUAUUAAGUAAGUAGUUAAACAAACUUACAACUCUUAUUAGAUUAUGAGACUGUUAAUAUAGGGAUCUGGGUCUUCGUUAAUUUCCCAAAAAAAGAACCAAUGUCUCCUCAAGUCUAAGACUGCAGUCUUUGACCUCAGAUCUUGAAAUGGUCUCAGUAAAUCUGUGUUUUGUUGUAAGAGGAGAAUUAAUAUAGAUGGCUCAUAGUUCAGAGCGAAAGUUUCGGUGUAAGGGUGUUUUAAGGUUUGCUUCUGCUUUUGUUUGUGUAUGUCUGGUUGGUCACAUUGUUGGUCCGACACUGUUCAAUGGUUUGAAGGACAAGUCAACAGCUCGGGUGUCUUGUCCUCCUUGUUUUUGUAAUUGCUCUUCCGAGGCACAGUCUGUAUCACCACCAGAUUGCGGUAAACAUAAUCCAGAUGUAAAAGCAAUUAAGAAGGAUAUCGUAGCUUUACUGUCAGAGGAGAUUGCAUUACAGAAGAUUGUAAGCAAUGAAACCUUGGAGCGCACCAGGGCACAAAGAAAGUAUAUGAAAAGAGCAUCCUCAUACUACCAGAAAAUGGCAGAAAAGUGCUACGUAGGAGUAGAAACUUGUGAGGAAGGCAGGAAAAGGGCUGAAUCAGAACUAGAAGAGGAGCGUAAGCUUACAGCCUUGUGGAAGAAACGGGCUCGUGAACUUGGGUCGAAAGAUAGCAAAAGACUACAUAAUACUCCAUAAGAUAUUCUUCCUCUUCCACUUGUAUAAAAUGUUGGAAAACUAUGGCUUUAUGUUGCAUUGCCCAACGGGGUUUUAAGCCUCAAAAGGCGAGAGGUCCUGUUGAGUUCUUCAACUUGCCAAAUCGUGUUGGCUAAAUUGAUUAACCUGAAGCAAUUUGGGAGUUGAUUGCUUUAUAAUUAGGCCUUGCCUUGCCUUGCAAAUUGCAAUGGUGGACUAGUGUUAGGUUAAUGGUUGGUUUGUUGGACUAACCUGA